AUGAUUUUAGCUCUGGAUUCCUCCCUGUCUAAGGCCAAGAAAAUUUGCAGUGUUAUUCUAAGAAUUCUGGCUAUCUGUGCGAUGGUUUCAGCAGCCAUAGUAAUGGCAACAAGCCAUGAGAAGAUCACCAUAUUUUCUGUAUCAUUUGAAGCCAAUUAUAGUCGCACUCCAGCUUUCAAGUAUUUUUUCGUCGCAAACAUUGGUGGAAGUGUCUAUAGUAUCGUUGUUCUUUUCCUACCUCGGAAGACUUCGCUGUCACGAUUAAUCCUAAUCUCUGAUUUGGUUGUGACAAUGGUGUUAACUUCAAGUGUAUCGGCAGCAUUGGCGGUUGCUCAUGUGGGAAAGAAAGGGAACUCUCAUGCAGGCCGGCUACCAAUUUGUGCCCAACUUCACAACUUUUGCAACCAAGUUGGUGGAGCUCUUAUUGCUGCCUUCGUAGUGAUGGAAAACAGGUAUGAACAGCGGAAGCAAAUAGCCAGAAUCACUUGCAUGUAAUAUAGAUAACGCAUAAUCACAGAUUUUAAUCAAACAUAAAAUCGAUAUUUAUUUCUUGAAGCGUGACUGUAAUCGCGAAAAGAUCUUCAAACAUGAGCAAAAACCAUUCACGAGGUCAUCCUCCAGUUCCACGAUUUUCUGCUGUGUGGCCCAAAUAAUGCCCGGAAUUAGCAAAACUCGUGUAAGCAAGUGUCUUCUAGGAAAACCGUGUAGUAAAACCAUUGCCUCCUUAUGGAAUAAGACCUCUUUAUAUAGCCACAGGUUUUAGGGUUUAAAACAUUUUUCUAAUCCUGCUGGGUCUUCCUUUUCCCCCAAGAAAUAUAAUUCCAUUUAAUUCCUAAUUAUUCAGUCACAACAGGGACCGCAAUAUUUAAUUAACGAGGCUUCUUAUUAUGGACUUAAUUCGAAAUAUCCG